AAUAUUUUUUACAGGUUUCAUCCACAUCCGGGGAAUUCCAGUGGCGGCGAUUUUAUUUUAGUUUAUUAAAUUAUUUAAUAUUGAAUGUUGAAAUCUGUGGGAAAUUCAUGUCAUGUUUAUGGAAAUGUUCGUUUUAACAGAAAGCUACUUGCCAGUUUAAGUAUGAAUUGAUUCCAGGUAAAGCAAUGCAAGUCCCUGAAGCGUACUAACGGUUAACAGAUAAUGAUGGAGGAGGGUCCAGAUCUACAAGAAUUAUUUUUCACCAACCUACAGCUUCUUGGGUUCAAUGUAGAAAGAAUGGAGGCACAGGUCAAAAUACCAUUCAACAAAAACAUGUUUGAUUUACCAAAUCGUAGAGGUGCAGAGGAAGUGCUGUAUUUUUUAUUCAGUCGCCUGAAUCCUGUGAUGUGUAAAGAAGAAUUUAGAAACUGUUGGCCAAUAGCAGACAAACAACAAGAGCAGGUGUUCAGAAGAGGCUGCAAUAAUUGGCUGAGCAACAUUAACAAAGAAGAACCUGACGCCAUGUUGCCCAGGAUUUCCCCCUCCUUGUUCCUGACACCAGGGGGCGCUAAAUUUUACCAGCUCCUGUACCGCUUCUCACGCUAUGUCAUCUUACAAGUCAAUGACAAAGACAAUGGAAUGAAAGAUAAAGAGAAACACAAAUAUCCGAUGUUAACACAGGAAAACAAGGAACUCGCAGACAGUAUAGCAGACACUGUGAUAGGCUGUGUGAUUAGGGGAAGGAACUCCUUCCUAAAAACAGCACAGGAGAUUGUCUCCCUUAACAGGCAGUGGAAAGAUCAGUCUACUGAGAUGGUGAGGGAGUACCGCAAACUAAACAAAGAAAUCCGAGACACAGAUUUAAAAAUACGAGACCAAAUUCAGAAGUCGUCCGAGAGGAGUGCUGCUAGAGGCAGCCCUAUUGCCCGGAAACGAAGAUCUAAGUCCUUUGAACCAGACUUUGACCCCAAGUCCACACAGAGGUCACAGAAAGUGAAUGAGGUGAGAGGCUUGUGGAAGCAGUUUGAUGGUUUCAUGGUCAGUGAGGCCUCAGAGAGGGAGGUAAUAGAAUCUAUAGUGGACCGAUCCCUUACUAAGUACAGGAUAGACUCCGCCCACGUGUCCAUCAAAGUCCCGGACCUACUGCUGCGAGAGUGUGAGAAGGAAAUCAGAAGGAGACAUGUGGACAACACUUUUCAUCACGGGAAAUUAAAUCUGAUAAGCCUGCUACAGCUGUGGAACCUCUGUCUGCGUCUCCUCCACACCAGAUUUCAAGACACUGGUGUGCCAGAUUUUACUGAAGACAUUGAAAGAAUAUCCACACUGGCCCAUAAAAAUCAUGGUUUACUAGUGGCCAGCCAGAGUCUGCAGAAGGAGAUCGAGGAGUUACUACCGGAACUGAAACGGUCAGUGGACCAACUUCGGACAGAAGUAGAGCAGGAUAUGACCAACACGCCCACACUCCUCCGGACCACAGCAGUUGGACUCGGGUUGAUGGAGCCCACACCUGAUGUCUCUUUCUCACCAGCACCGAGCACUCACGAGAGACGAACUACAGACCCCUUCGUCACUCUUACCCCACAGGAAUAUGCAACACCAGAAGCUGUGGCCAGGAUAUCGGAGGAUAUUUCAAUGAGAGUUAACCGUGUCAAACUCUUCAACAACAGCCCUCGCAUUUCUCAGUUAGAAAAUCCUGCUGUCUCUACGAACCUACCCAGAAAGCUGGCCAUGAACCAGAAAAGCAAUUCUAAAGGACAUGUGGUUAGGACCAAGCCCCGGGUGGUGGACGUAAGGGGUCAGUUGCAGUCCACACCCACCAAGUCCAUGAGGGAGCAGCCAGUCACUGGACACACAGGUCUAAAGGCAUUGAAUCUUCAGCUGGAUGUCUCAUUCGAUGACAACAAUGAUGGAAUUUCUAAAGACCAGUCAACUUUGGUGCAAAGAGACCGAUCAGCUGGAGGAUUGAAUGUUUCAAUUUCAAAAAAUUUGAGUGCUACCUCGACACCCCGGGCGCGUGAUAAUCCGUGUAAUGUAAGUCAGGAGGUCCCUCGAUACUGUGAUAGAACCCCCUCAUAUAGCCAUGUAUCAGACUUAAACCAGGGAGAUGUGAAACACGGGAAGUCUCCCUCGGACAUUUUAGUGGACGAGAUGUUUGGGGAAACUCCAAAGCAAUCCCCCACGCGUGUUCCAAAAUCACCUGACUGCCUGGUAGGGGAGGUCCUUUCAAAAUCACCUGACUGCCUGGUGGAGGAGGUCCUUUCUUCGGGGGUCCUCAAUUCUCCCUUUGUAACUAAUAUAGAUAUGAGCCAUUUAACUGAAGAUGAAAUAAAUAGUGACCCAGGAGAUAAAAAAUCAAAGCUUCCUGUAAAGACUUUACUUGAGGGUCUAGAAAAGAGAAUGUCUAAAUUGUAUGCAAGUGGAGACUUCAGCAGGGGGGAUAUGUCAGUCACACCUGUACAGCGACCCCAUUCCCCAGUGGCAGAAUUCUUGGAUCACCUAGAGUUUGAACCUCGUGAAAAAAGUCUCGUGAUUAUGGAAAAACAAGUGGAUGCCCUCUCUGAUCUGGAAAGUUCAAGUUCAUCUCAGGGGUUAGAGGCAUUAGAUAAAGAAAACGUCCUCCCUGUACUGCAUUCAGUGGAUUUACUGUCAGAUCAUCAAAGGUCAAGGUCACAGGUCUCUGCAAAUCAAAAUGUUGAACUACAUGUAGAGGGUGACUAUGAUUUGAGACCAGAAGACUCCGGAGUUCCUGUUAUCAAAGAUUCGAUGCACGUCCAAGAAAGUCCACUGUUGUUGGACAUCAGGAAGAUUUACAGAGAGGCUGUUGCAGAGGAAGAGGGCUGUUCCCGAGGCACCAGAGGGGAACAUUCCCAUACAGACAUAUUAGAUGAACUUACAAGCAUAGCAGACACUCAUGGAAACUUAGACAGUGUGGCAAUGCCAGUGUUUAGCCUGAAUGAUUCGGACAUCAUGGAUCAAAAGGAAAAAUCUACUGAUAGUGUUCAUUCUCCUGUAAACCCAAGGGUACGUCCACCAGUGUCUCCGGGAUCUGAUAAUGUACAGGAAUUAGUGCAGAACUUGUCACAUCUAGGAGCUGACUUGAACGGGAACCCAGUCUACCACAAUCAAACUAAGGGAGUGGACAGGCGAAUUGUAAAUCAACAGAUGAGCAGGGACUGGGAGGAGCUGGAACUGUCCAUGGAGGUCCUGGAUGAUUUAAUGGGGAAAUCCCCAGAUCAGCAGAAAUCUCCUUUCCUACUCUCUCCAGAGUACAAUUUUUUUGGUGACCAUCAAAAGUCCUCUCUGCUAAACUCACCGCUGUGUCCCCAGCCCACGGAUAAUUCCUCCUCCCAGGGGUUGGAUUUAUCCGAUGACCUGGAGGAGUCCUUUGUUCCAUUUAAGGAGGGCUUCAGUUUGGAGGGCGGGACAACCCCAGCUAAGAGAGUUACUUCCGACCUGGAUAAGGAUAAUGGUUCAGGACAGAAUAACACAGAUGAUUUACUAGCCAGGUUUCAAAAACUGAAGCAGAAGACUUCUCAGAUACAAAAUAGUCACCAACAUGGACCGGAGUCUUGUACAUGACUGGAUCUGUGAAUAAUCCCCGCAGUAUUGUUAAGUUUGUGUUUCUAAGUUACUCUUUGUUAAGGAGACCGGAAUGCUAAGCUGCUCAAUUCACUUAUUGUUGCAUUUAGAAUAUUUGAUCUGCAACAUCACAUUGUUAUUGUGAAAAUGUAUUUGUAGCAGUAUUCUUUUAUUUAGAAAAGGGAUUUCCAUUUAAAGAAUUUGGUUUUAUCAAGUGAAAGUUACAUUGUAUUCAUGGACAAUUUACAUGUGUAUGGGGUAAAAGGUAAAUCAGAAUGAAGUAAAAAAAAAUCAUAUAUUGCUCUAUACCUCUUGUGAUAAAAUCCUUGUCAAUGUGAAGAAUGCUAACUGAGGACAAUUUUUCAUCUGUGAAAAUACGACAAUGUAACUGUAGAAUCCAUAGUGUACGCAGGUACAGUUAGUUAAACAGGUACUAGUGUAGGCAGGUAUUAGUGUACGCAGGUACUAGUGUAUGCAGGUAUUAGUGUACGCAGGUGCUAGUUUACACAGGUACUAGUGUUUGCAGGUACAAGUGUACGCAGGUACCACUUUCUUAUUGUCUCUAUUCUUCAUAAACAGCAUUUUAAUGUUUUUCCUGAUCUAUUUAUUAAAUGUGUACAUGCACUCUAAUGAGUUUAUUUUGGAAAUGUUCAUGUUAUAGUAGGAGUGAAGUUAUCUAUUGACAUGGUCAUAUGAUAUUUUUUUUUAGGAGAUUACAGAAUAUGAUUAAGGCCCCACCAUGUGGAAGGUGCGCUAUAGUAUUUACUGUCUGUUUAUUAUGGCAGGUGCCCUACAGUAAUCAUUGUCUGUCUAUCAGUCCUUUCUAUGCUAUGCGAUAACUAAGUUUCCUAGAUUUUAUGGAUGAUUUUUGGAUUAGGCAGAGGAAAACGCAUUUAUCGGCUUCAUCAUUAUGGAGUUAUGGGACUUAUUUUUUUUAAUAAUAUAUACAAUGAGAUAAUAGCACUUUCUAUGACACACAAAAACUUAGAUUACUUGAGAAAAAUUUUCAUAGAAUUUAAAGGUAAUGCUUGGAUUAGGAAGACCUCUUUCAAUUUUCAGAUUACUGGGUUUUAUCAUUAUAGGAUUACUUAACUUAGAAUUAUUUUUUUAUGAUAAUUAGAUUACAGCAUUCUUUGGCACAAGAUAUCUUAGAAUCCAGAAAAACAGUUAAGGUGGAUGUACCAACUAUCCGAUUUAACUACCAGACCAAACACACCUAGUUAUUUGUAGAGCACCUGAUGGAUAUAUUCAUUGCAGGGCCCUUUCUGACUUGUCAACAUCCAGUCUGAUUAAAAUCAAAUUUCUCACUUCGCUCUUGAUAUACAAUAUUGCCGAGAAGUGAGAGGUUUGAUUUUCAUCAGACUGGUCGACAUCGGUUUUUUCAGUCAUAGAAUCAUCUUUAGUCCAUGACUUCAUUUCACGCAUCAUCAGGAUUAUUAUGAGUUAUCGCGUAUUAUAUGCUUUUUUAAAAUUUGAAAUGUAUGAGUAGGUAUGGGUUUUUCCUUGACCCUUUUUUAAUCGUUAAUUCAUUUUUAAUGUAUUUUAUUUUUAAGCAAAAACUUGAGUUUGGUAAGAGUAUGUAUAAGCAUUGAUGUUUCCAUGCAUUACUAAAUGUGAUGAAAUUAGAUCAUGUGAGAAAUGGACUGUUUAUUAACAAUUCAUUUACAGGUGUUUCAGGUGUACAUGUAAUAAAUGAUUUACCUGUUUACGAGGGUUGUUGAAGAGUUCUGGUCUAACAUCAUAAGGUUAAACAUUAUUUUCAACAAAGAUGAACUUCAGCUGUACAACUUUGGCAAGUGUAGAAAGCUUCCAUCAACUUGAGAUUAAAAAAAAUUAAAACUAAAAAUAGAUGGAGAUAGAUGAAUGAUUUGAUGUCCUGUAAUGGCUGUCAUUUUCUAAAAAUAGAUAGAAAUCACUGUUAUAUUUUGUCAAUAGUCAUAUGAUCUGUACCUAUAGUUGUGUAAUAUCCUGUAAUAUUCACUACUUCAGGUGCUAGGACACCCAAAGGACAUUUUCAAUUCUCGGUUUUUAUAAUUGCACCCCUUCAAUUCUUGGGACAUAUAGUAUUUUGUGAGCAGAAAAAAGUGCAUCUUGGUUGUAACUUUCAAGCCAAAAUUGAGAGGGCUUUGAUAUUUUUGGGAUGUACUCCUUAAGCAGGCGCUUUGUGACUUAGCUAUGUUUAUCUUUAAAUCAGUUAUUGAAAACUUGUAACUAUAACAUUUGUGGUGCAUCUAUUUGAAGAAGGGCUUUCAAUUUUAGUACAGUGGAUAUAGAUAUAAUCUUGUCCAGCGUUACAUUGUAACGGCAAUGAAUACCGAAAACUGUUCCCAUACUGUGUCACAAACACAAUUUGAAUUAUUUAUGACUCUAAUCAUAAACCCUUGUGUGUAAAGUGGUUCAGAUGAAGUUUUACAGCUGUCUGGCAGGAGCAUUUUAUGUGGAGUAAAUUUGGGAUAGUCUGUGUAAUUUGUUUAGCUUUUUGUUGUUGAAUAUGUGAAUUAAAUAUAUGAUAUAUGGUAAUAAAAUUCUUUAAAAGCUUC